GCCCUGCGCUGGCUCAAGCCGCUACCCAGGUCUCCGUCUUCACGCCAGCCCGGACUGACACACCUGGAGUCAUGGCCUCCAGCCUCAGCCCGCCGCCGUCCCCGCUCGUAGUGAGAUUGUCCCAGACCAUCCAGAAACGGCCUGGGACAAUCUCCAGGAAGCUGGAGAGGUACUUCCAGAGCAAGGAGUCGGGCGGCGGGGAGUGCCGUGUGCGACCCGGGAGCCACAGCGUCUCUGAUACCUUCCUGGUGGAGUUUGCAGAUAGGGCAGCCAAGAAGAGAGUGUUGGAAAAAGAGAAGCACCAGAUUGCGGUUGACAAUAAACAUGUGACUGUUUUCCUGGAAACCACUAAAAAGUCAGAAGAGAAUACAAGACCCAGAAUUCCUUCGUUGACACAGUGGCAAGCGGAAGCACUGUCUGAUGAGAAGCAUCCCAAGGUCUUUCAGAUGGUGGAGGCUAGCCUGAACUGUGACCUGUUUUCCAAAGAGCAGAGGGCACAAGUGACCAUUCUCUGCCCUGGUAUCAAGAAGAUGGAGGGUGAAGAUGGAAUUGAGAAGGUUUCUGGUGAUUUCAGAGACAUUGAAAAAAUCUACCACUUCUUCAGUAGGCAACUGAUAGAACAUGAGCAGGAAGAGAUGUCUUCCCUUUCCACUGUGGAGACCGUGUCAUCUGACCUGCAGGACUGGGACAGCAACCUGUACACUUCAGAACCAAACACCAGAUCAGAAGAUACAGGUUUUAAACUUUCUUUGCCUUACUUCGAAUAUUUCGUGCAUUCUUGUCCUGAUAAAAUAGAAUCCAUACAGACACUAUUUGGUGUACACAUCCAAACUCAAGAUAUACCUCCCAAUGCAGUCUAUGUAGAUUUUAUCCCUGGUCAAUCAGGUGAUCUGGAUGCAGCUCGAGAGUAUUUUACCAAGGAGUUUCAGAAGAACACAGAAUCUCUGAAUCAAGACUCUGUCUCUUUAGCAGACAGUCAGUGGACAAAACAGGAACUGAGUCACUGUUUUAGAAAGCUUCUGAUAAAAGAACAAGGAGGAAUGCUAACUCUCCUUGGGACCCAAGAUGACAUUUCAGCUGCCAAAAAAAAAAUCUCUGAAAAUGUCAGGAUACCUGUGAAAAUAUUACACAUUUGGACGAAUGAAAUUGAGGUUAAUACUGUUCUCUAUAAGCUUCUAGAAGUUGAAUUACUCCAGGAGAUAAAAGAGAUAGAGCAAAAGUACAACACUAGUGGUACAGUUUGUAGGAAACGUCAGAAAACAUUCAUUCAAUUUAAUCCUGGGGAUAAGCAGAUGGAUCUGUCUGCCCAUGCGUCUGCAAGUUUCAUUGAUGCUUUUCAAUAUGUCACAAGUCAGCUGGUAAGAGAAGAUCUUUCACUGAAACAUCUGGGCCAGGAUAAAAAGCACUUACAUUGGACCAAGUUUGUUGAUGACUUUAGGAAAAGUCAUCCAUAUAUACACUUGGCAUUGAACAAAGAGUCAAUGACUUUGAUUGGUUUGCCAAAGCAUUUUGCUGAAGCUAAGCAGCAUAUCUUAGAAAGUGAGGUAUUAUCCACUGGAGGGAAAUUGAAUAUGGAACAGGAGACACCCAUGGAAAUUGAUCAGAAUGCAUCAAAAUCAACUUCUCUCUCCCUCAGCAGCUCUGCACGUUCUGAGGUCUCAGAAGUGAAUGAGAAGGAGAAAGCCAUUUGUGUCAUCUGCAUAGAUACCAUUAGAAACAAGCACGUGUUGCCAAAGUGCAAGCAUGAAUUCUGUGAUGAUUGUAUCAGAAAGUCCAUGACAUAUAAGCCAGUUUGUCCUGUGUGCCAAGUUUCCUAUGGUGUCCAUAAAGGGAAUCAACCAAAUGGAUCCAUGACUCACACCAUUUUGAAAGAGCCACUUCCAGGUUAUGAAGGCUGUGGCACCAUUGAGAUUCAAUAUAAGAUAGAAAAAGGCAUACAAAGUAAAGAACAUCCAAACCCAGGAAAGCCUUAUUAUGGAACACAGAGAACUGCAUAUUUGCCUAAUAAUAAGGAAGGAAGGGAGGUUUUGGAUCUGCUCAAAAUCGCCUUUGAACAAAAGCUGAUUUUCACAGUGGGGGAUUCUCGAGUAUUGGGAGUCUCUGAUGUUGUCACAUGGAAUGAUAUCCACCAUAAAACAUCAAAAUAUGGAGGACCACAAAACUUUGGUUACCCUGAUCCCACGUACCUGGAACGUGUCAAGGAGGAGCUGAAAGCUAAAGGAAUUGAAAAGAAAACUCCUGGAGGGAAGUCCUAAUUCAAGCCUUCAGAAGAUGUAUUUUAGGAGGCUGAAUGAAUGCCAAUCUAAAUCUUUCUAUAGAAAUACUUUCAAAAUCUUUUCAUCUCAAGAAAUGUUUUGUGUAAGAGUAAAGUUCUGCUAGCCUCUUA